UCUCUAGGCUGCGCGCAGAGGCAGAGAGCACGCACUAGAGAGGAGGAGGAGGAGGAGGAGGAGGAGGAGAGGGAGAAGGCUGAGGAGUGGAGAUGUGUGGGAUCUUGGCGGUGCUUGGAUGCGCGGACACGUCUCUUGCGAGGAGAUCCCGCAUCAUUGAGCUUUCUCGCAGGUUGCGUCACAGAGGCCCUGAUUGGAGUGGCAUACACUGUUAUCAAGAUUGUUACCUAGCUCACCAGCGUUUGGCUAUCGUAGAUCCUGCUUCUGGAGACCAACCACUCUAUAAUGAAGACAAAACAAUUGUUGUUACGGUUAAUGGGGAGAUCUACAACCACAGUGAGUUGAGAGCCAAGCUCAAGAAUCACCAAUUCAGGACUGGCAGUGAUUGUGAAGUCAUUGCUCAUCUUUAUGAAGAGUAUGGAGAAGAUUGUGUGGAUAUGUUGGAUGGCAUGUUCUCUUUUGUGCUUCUUGAUACUCGUGAUAAAAGUUUCAUUGCAGCUCGUGAUGCCAUAGGAAUCACUCCUUUGUAUGUCGGAUGGGGUCUUGAUGGCUCUACUUGGUUUGCUUCAGAGAUGAAAGCUUUAAGUGAUGAUUGUGAGCGAUUUAUGUCCUUUCUCCCUGGACAUAUAUACUCCAGUAAGAAUGGAGGGAUGCGGCAGUGGUACAACCCCCCAUGGUUCUCAGAACGUAUCCCAUCAACUCCUUAUGAUCGUCUACUUUUACGUGAGGCCUUUGAGAAGGCUGUUAUUAAGAGGCUGAUGACUGAUGUACCUUUUGGUGUGCUCUUGUCCGGUGGUCUUGAUUCUUCACUUGUUGCUGCUGUAGCAUCACGGCAUUUGUCUGAGGUUAAAAGCGCCAUCCAGUGGGGAUCUCGAUUACAUACAUUCUGUGUUGGUUUGAAGGGUUCUCCUGAUCUGAAAGCUGCUAGGGAAGUUGCAGAUUAUCUUGGUACCAUCCAUCAUGAGUUUCACUUCACAGUGCAGGAGGGUAUUGAUGCACUCGAAGAAGUCAUUUAUCACAUUGAAACUUAUGAUGUGACAACUAUUAGGGCAAGCACACCAAUGUUUUUGAUGUCACGCAAGAUUAAGUCAUUGGGUGUAAAGAUGGUGCUUUCUGGAGAAGGUUCAGAUGAAAUUUUUGGCGGUUACCUAUAUUUUCAUAAGGCGCCCAAUAAGGAGGAAUUUCAUCAGGAAACAUGUCGGAAGAUUAAAGCUCUUCACUUGUAUGAUUGCUUGAGAGCCAACAAAUCUACUUCGGCGUGGGGCCUAGAAGCUCGUGUUCCUUUUCUUGACAAAAACUUCAUCAACAUUGCGAUGGACAUUGAUCCGGAGUGGAAAAUGAUCAAACCAGGUCGCAUUGAGAAAUGGAUCCUUCGCAAUGCAUUUGACGAUGAGCAGAACCCAUUUCUACCAAAGCACAUCUUGUACCGGCAAAAAGAACAAUUCAGUGAUGGAGUCGGGUAUAGCUGGAUUGAUGGCUUGAAGGAUCACGCAAAUGAACAUGUUUCUGAUGCCAUGAUGACCCAUGCAAAAUAUGUAUAUCCUGAGAAUACACCAUCAACAAAAGAAGCAUAUUACUACAGGACAAUCUUUGAGAAGUUCUUUCCAAAGAAUGCGGCGAGAUCAACCGUUCCGGGUGGUCCAAGUGUGGCAUGCAGCACGGCAAAAGCAGUAGAAUGGGACGCGGCCUGGGCGAACAACCUCGACCCAUCUGGCCGGGCUGCUCUUGGAGUUCAUGCUGCCGCCUACGAUGAAGUGAAAGAAAAAACUCAAAUUGUCAAUGACUCGAUGAAUAGCUUCCCUCAAAAACUUAAGGAUGAUGUAGUAAUGGUAGCAAAUGCAGCCACAACUGCUGUUUAAGUAUAAUAGGGGUACAAGCAUUUGGCAGAACAUUUUUUUUUUUUUGGACUUUUGAAUCUUUUUUAGGGUUUUGUUGCUGAAGAAGAUUGAUGAAUUAUCACCUUAAUUUAUGUAAUAAAAACUGAAUUACUAAAUCGUGUAGAUUUCGCUUCUUAUAAA